ACGCCGCACCGCGCGCCGGCUCACUCCGCGUUCACUCCGCGCUCGCGAGCCGCACGCGACACACGUCCGCGACAUCCGCCUCACGACCGACGCGCUCCCACACACAGUGCCGUGCAGUGCUAAACAAACUUUUACGUGCAAUGCCGAUCCUCGCCGGACGGAAGGAGAACUGAUCGAAAGGGUCGACCGCAGGGUGGACACGGGCCGUGCUAGCCCGCGCAAGCGCCCCCAGCGUGAGACAAGCCACAAGGAGCGCCUCUCGUCUGCGACAUGGACGACAAGCCGCCUACCACCGAGGAGCACUACAGCCUUCGCUGGAACAACCACCAGGCUCACCUUCUGCGGUCCUUCGAGGCGCUGCUGCAUGCGGAGACGCUGGUCGAUGUGACGCUCGUGUGUUCAGAACGGCGGGUGCGCGCCCACAAGGUGUUGCUCGGCGCCUGCAGCCCGCUCUUCAGGAGAAUCUUCAGCGAGAACCCGUGCAAGCAUCCCGUCAUCGUGCUCAAAGACUUUCAAGGAUGGGAGGUUCAGGCUGUGGUGGACUUUAUGUACCGCGGCGAAGUGUCGGUGGCACAGGAACAGCUGGGCACGGUGAUUCGCGCCGGCGAGUCGCUACAGGUCCGCGGGCUGGCAGACCAGGAGCGCGAACGCACGAGGUCACCGGUCGGCAGCCCGGCGCGAAGCCCGGCGCGCGCCACGCCAGCACCAUCUCCGCCUGUCAGCCCCGCCAGCCCGCAGCCACGCCGCAAGCAAGCGCGCCCGCGCCGACGAUCAGGCGAGUCUGACACGCCGGAAAACCUGUCGAUGCGGCGCUCGCCAAGUGGGCUGAAGGCGGUGCGACUGGCACGGCCGCGGUCGCCACCCGCGCACAAGCAGGAGCCCGAGGAGCCAGAACCGGAGGCACCACCACCGCCGCGCAUGUUCCCGCCGCACCAGGACCUGUUCCCGCCCGUGCCGCCGGCCGCCGUCUCCGCGCUUUCCCUCACGCCACCUCACAUGUUCGGCAUCGAGUCCCCGCUGGGGCUGUUCCCGCCGGGCAUGGAGCACAAGAUGUACCCGCUCAUGGAUGUCGAGCACCGCGCGCCGCCGCUCGACGCUCAGCUCUUUACCAACGUUAAGAAGAAAUGGCGACCUAAAGGACAGCACAGCGCGCCACGCGGAGGGCCACCCCGCUCGUGGACGAACGCUGAGCUUACAGAGGCGCUGCAGCAUGUCUGGAACAAGAAGAUGACCACCAGCCAGGCCUCUAGGAUCUUCGGCAUCCCCUACAACUCACUUCUGAUGUACGUACGCGGCAAGUAUGGCAAGAGCCUCAAACUGGAGCAGCUACGGAAAGACUGCAUCGGCGGACCCCUCGACGUACUCAAUCUCAACACCGGCAAUAACAACAACAACCACCCAUCAAAGCAUCACGACAAGGACGACCAGCAUCAGAAUCAAGGCCAACGCCCCGCCAGCUCCGAACCUGACAUCACUUCAAACCCUAUGUUCAACCCCUUCCAGCAGGGCUUCUAUCCAGAGUUUCCGCCCGGCUUCCCAAUGCCUCUCAACAUGCUGCAUCUUCUCCCACCCAACGACAAAGCCCGAGAUCUCUAUCAGUCUAUGCCGAUGGCGCUAGAUUCCCUCUCAGGGGUGACGAAGGAGGAGGACUGCAAGAGCGAUAGGUCGAAAGAAAACUCUGCGGAUGAGGAGGGCGACUAUCGCGGGCCCUCGCACCCGCCACACCCGCCCGACACUCGCACGCUUCUACACCACAACGGACAAGAUUAAAAAAACAAAAUCGCUAGUUAAGGAGCCCGGGAUUUUCUCGGCGCUCUAUUGAUCAAACUCUAUGUGUAAUUUUUAUUCGAAGCAGACGGCGCGGUGCGGCACGUAGGAGAACGGCGCAACUGAAAUUAAAUUAAUGUAUUGCGUUUCUUAUAUUCUCAUUGCGAGCCUUUGAGUUAUCAAGUGCAAUAUUAUCAGAUAUGAAGUUCAAAGAACUCGAUCGCGAUACACUGAAGGGAUUUCAGUAGCGUCCGCACAACAGCAAACAUUUGAAAGUCAAAACUCCGCGCCGUGUCCACCGCGUCUGGUCUUAGUUAAAUUUAUAUUUAAAAAGAUGUGUUUAUAUUGUAAAUGUAUAUUUAAAAUAUCGCAUGUAAGUGAUUAGGCGUUAGUAAAUUCCGACGGUGUGCAAUAAGUAUGAAAGGUGUUGUGAUCCUUGUGUUUGCGGCCGCUGCGGCGGCUGUCGUCUCUCUUGUUAACAUUCCAAAUCAACAUUCCUUAUAUUUUAUUUAGACAUUAGUUAAUAAUAAUUAAUUACAUUGUUUUAACUGUAAUUAUAAUUCGAUGGCGAAUCUCAAAUACGUCUUGCCGAUCAUUGUUUUAAGCUAUGUUUAUAAUUAUUGAUGUAUUUAAACGUUCCCGAUGUAGAUAUAUGUUAUAUUUGCAAGUUUACUUCUGAAUUUCACCAAAGUUUGUAAAAUAUUUCGUAAUAAUAGAUAUUAUUCGAUGAUAAACAAUUUUUAAAUGUAAAUAGUUAUUGGUAAUUAAUUGAAAUUAUAAUGAAUUAACCUUAAAUAAGGAGACAUUCGGUGUCUAAAUGGUAAAUAGUAGUGUAUUUGUAAUUGUUGUAGUUUUAGUGAAGUGAAACAGUGAACUGUUCGGUUAUCGAUGUCGAUAGAUGACGAGGGAAGUCCGCGACGCACUAGUCACACACGCACACACAGAAACAAAAAUUAUUUAAACAAUCCACCACAGUGAACUGCUAUUUAACAUCUACAAUUCCUAACUUUUUAACCCAUAAUUGUAUUAGAAAAUAUCACAUUACAAUUUUUGAACAACUACGUAAUAUAAAAAUUACUAAACUCGCGUCCUGGUACUGAUAUUUCGUGAUCUCAUUUGCAAAGGUACAUCACUCGGGUGGUCCCGUCGACGAAGUGACGUCAGCAGUUUUCGAUUACAGAUUAUAAAAAGAACUGUAUUAACGUCAUCGAAAUAUAAUAACAUUACCAUGACAGUGCGCGCCCGGUUUAGACAAAUAAAGUAUCUGCACUCAAUGUUCAAAUAAAAAGGAGCUUUCAAAUUUUUUUAGUGAAUAAAUACGAAGGUUUAGGGUAAAUGGAUCAUUCCAACCUGGCUUUAGAUAAUUGUAUACAAUCAAUUCAUAAUUAGUGAUACAUGACAUGAGCCGUCAUCGAGGUAUUUAUCGUAAAUAUUGUUUAGUUCACAUCACUAAUGUGUAGCUGUAAAGUGUUUUAAUGUAAUUUCUUCCAAAUAAAACUAGAAACAUUAUCAUGUCUCUUAUAAAGUAUACUCUAUUUGUUUUAGACUUGUAUGAAUCAGAUGUAUUACUUUUUACAGCGAGUGAUUUCCGAACGGAAUUAUUUCAACUAUUGAGUCACGUAUGAAUUUAUCAAAAUAAAUUAACUAUUCGUCGUUACAUAUUACAAAACCGCAAAACUCUUUAACAGAAGACUGAACACUAUUUACGACUCUAUUUUAUACAAUUGUACAACACAUCAGACUCCGAGCAAUGCAAUGAUUCUCAAACGCAGUAGUUUCCAUUUAGUGUCACUUCAUUAUGUAACAAUAUUAUCAUUACAGGGAUUUUUAUAUAUUAAAGAUUGUAUUAUUGACUAUGUAUCUAUAGUUUAACAGACAUUUUGCUUUUAUUAUUUUAAAGUUCCAUUAGAGCAGCACCGGGUAUUAAAUGAUUAUCAAAAUUAACGUAUAAAAGGUCGUUGAACUCUUCAACUAUGUUACGUCACGCGAAUAAUUGUUUGUAAAUUAAUGUAAGAAUUUUAAAGAAAUUAGCCGGUAUUUAAUAGAUUGAUGUUCAUUAAAGUCUUAGCGAUUCGAAGGUUUUAAAAUAUUUGAUGUGCCAAAAUUUCAGAUAGUAAUCAUUGUCCGCGGCAGCCGUUUAUUCAUAUUUUAUUUUUUUUUAAACUUACUUUAAAAAGGAGGUUUUAAAUUCAUCUGUAUUUUUUAAUUAGGGUUGUACCUCACGUGUUGUGACUCGUGAUCGAAAUAUUAUGUUGUCGAUUUGUAGAUUUUACCUAAUUCGUACAAAUUCAGCAGUAUUAGAGUGAUUUUGUUAAAGUUUUAAUUGAGACGUUUUAAUUAAGUUUUGUUAUUUGUUAAUAAUGUACGACGAUUGAAGAUAUCAUUAUUAUGUGUAUGUUACGAAUUUGAUUUUCGUAAAAUAUAUUUUUUGCUUUUCAACAUUUUUUUUUUCUUGAUUUCUUUACGUACAUCUUCAACAUUGACGUUGAUUUAUCUCUGCUUUGUUAAUUCUUUUAAUGAUUGGAAGUUCCUGUAAACUUUGCCUAAUAGUGUAGUCUUAUUUUUUUUUUUCAUUUUUAAUCUACUUUGAAUUUAAGGCACUUUCACUGCUACUUUUAAACGAUUUUCAUUGGGAGCCAAAUGUAAGUACGUAAAUUGUAAUAGGUACAUAAUGUUAAGAUAUUAAGUAUUUUUAGUUGAUAAAACUUGUGAUUGAAUUAUUUUAGUAGAUUCAAAUAUUUAGUUCCUUCAUUUUUGUUACGAGUAUUUAUAUAUGUAUAUUGUAAUUGCAAUUAUUUAGGCUUUUAGACUAAUUGUUCUCCGAUAAAGAGUAUAAUAAUUAUAAGUUGUGUAAUUUAAUUUGUUGUAUUAUCUAAUAUACAGAUUAAAUUAAAUGAUAUCGUUACAUUAGGAUGUAAAAAAGAUUAUCUAUUUAAUCUUAAAGUAAUACGAAAAAAAUAUUUAUGUUCUUAGCAUCAUUAUGUCGUAUUUGAAGUGAGAUGGAGCGAUGUAGAAAAAUUCGUUUACGGUCACCGAAGUAAAGUGUAAAAAAUAAAUAAUAUGAAAUACCAA